AUGUGGGGCACCGAGCUUCUCGUCCAGAGCCACAUGCUCGCAGAUCUGGAGGGCUUCUUGGGGGAGCAAGUUCUCGUAUGCAGCUUGGCCGUCAUGGAGGAGGCUACUGGCGUGUCGGUGCCAUCGAAAGCUGCCAGCCUGUGCUUUGCGCGGGCGGCGCGCUUGCCGCCGAGUCUUCCCUCGGGCGAUUUGCGCCGCGUGGUGGUGCUGGACGGACUGACGGAUGCCACCAAUGUGGGGAGCAUCGCGCGUGUGGCCCGCGCUUUGGGUGCCACGGCGUUGCUGCUGUCCCGCGACUGCUGCGAUGCCCUAGCGCCCCUGGCUGUGCGGGCGUCGCAGGGCCAGAUCUUUCACUUGCCUUUCUUCCAGGGUGACCUCGUGCCCUUGUUGAAGGAGCUGCGGGAAGAAGGCGUUUUGACUCUGGCGGCUGUGGUGCAGGAAGGGGCAAAGUACUUGGACGAGGUCAAGGCGCUGCCGGAGCGUUGGGCACUGGUCCUGGGCUCGGAGCACUUCGGUGUGUCUUUGGAGGUGCGGGAAGUUUGCUGCGGAAUGCUGAAGGUACGCAUGGCCCCCGGGGUGGACUCCUUCAAUGCGGCUGGGCUGAAGUGUCAGGAUGACGAUCGCCUGGCUGCAAAGUUGGCCGCGCGCUAUGCUGCGGCAGCUUCCCUCGCCUACCGGAGCAACUGUACGGAGAUGGAGGAGAUCGUGCUGGGCAAAGCCUCGCCAGGCGCGGACCCAAAGAGUGCGCCGCGGAAGGUGACUCCGGCAAGGAUCAAGCCGGUGAGCCGUGACUUGCCGAAGGAGUCAGGAUCCUUCGUGCCGCCACGCACGGCAACACCCAGCCAAGCUGCCAAGGAGGUGUUCCUGGGCAAACAGAUGGCGGCGCAACGUCUCAGUGAGCGAACGGAGGGCUCGAGCCGACCUCGUCUGCGGGGCUUGUCUCGCUCGCCAAGGCGCGAGCCGCCUCCCCGCAGGCAGCUUCGGUCCAAGUCGCCCUCAAGGGAGGAGAAGACAUCUCCGAAGCCGUCACACGGCUACGCCCCGGCUGCCCUGCCGCCAAAGACGGAAGGCGAAGGUGAAGGUGAGAAGUCCUCGGAGUCACUUCCCAGAUGGACGCCGGAUGACGACAUGGUGCCGCCCACCACGCUGGAGACCAGCGCAGGCCGGCGCGCCAACAGUGCUGUGGCAGCGGCCAUCUCGGCGGCGGCCUCGGCGGUUUGGGCGGCAGCAGAGAAGGACGAGGGCGAGGACUCCGUGCAGGCGAUCCGCAUCCCAUUGGGCCAUCCGCCGGUGCUCUUUGGGCUGCCGGGCAGCGAGCAGUUCCUGAAGGGCGUGCUGUCACACUUGCGGUGGCGCUCCGGGGAGUGCUCUUUUCAGAUAUUUGACAAUGGGGAGAUCAGCCCCAAAGUCUUGCAGACUGUCGCCAAUCACGACGUCUACGUAAUCGUGGUUCGAAAUGACAUGGAGGCGGAGAUGAAUUUCAACCUCAUGCGGCUGCUGCUGUUGGUGAGUGCGCUGAAGGGGGAGUCCCCUCAUCGCCUCACAGUGGUCAUGCCAUGCCUGGACUAUGCCCGCCAGGACCGGAAGCUGGUGGCGGGGGAGGCCAUCGCCCCGAAGCUGCUGCUCCGCUGCAUGAAGACGGCUGGGGCCACCCGCUGCGUCACGGUGGACCUCCACAACCAAGCGGAGGCCGCCUUCAGCCCCCCAGGGAUGGUCCUGGACGAGCUCAGCUCGGAUCAGUAUCUGGCAAACUUCAUCCGCCAGAACGUGGCCUGCUUCGAUGAGGAGCGGACGCUGGUGUGCGCCACCAACGGCGGUGGCAUGAAGUUCACCCGGCGCAUGGCGGACCUUCUGCGCGUGGGCUUCGUGAUGGCGGAUCGCUUUCGUCAGCAGGGCGGAGGCCAAGGCGAUGUGAAGAUCAUCUCUGAACAUUCCCAGAUCCACGGAGUGACUGACGUUGUCGUCAUCGAUGACAUGUUCGACACCUGCGGCAACCUGGUGGAGGUGUGCACCGCUCUCUGCAAGCUGCUGCCCGCGGCCAAGAUCUACGGAGUGGCGCCCCACGGCUACUUCUCAGGGGAUGCGGGCGACAAGGUCACGCGCUUGGUGAAGGAGUGCAACCUGCAAUGGCUUGCUGUCACCAACAGCAUGGACCAGACGGCCGGGUUGAAGCGCAUGGCGGGCGUUGGCCAGGUGGACCGCAUCAAGGUCAUCGACAUCUCCAAGCUCUUGGCAGGCGCCAUUGCGCGACUGCACUUGGCCGCGCCGGUGAACGUGCCCAACUUCCGGGGACUGGGACCUCAGGACCCGGACCCCGUCUUAGCAGGAUACCACGAUGGUGGUGGCAAGCAUGCGGAGCUGCGCAAGCGCAUCUCUUCCUUCUGA